AUGACUAGUCUACUAUUAAAUUUAUCUAAUCUAUUACUAUCACAUAUCAUCUCAUCUAUUGAUGAUAAUGGAGAUAUAGUAUGUUUAUUAUUAACAUGUAAACAGUUAUAUAAUAAUAAUAAUGUUAGAAAGUCGAUUCUGUUUAAAGGAAUAGGAGAAGCAAUCGAUACUGAUAGUGGACACGAAUCGAUACACUUUAAAUCAACAGCUACUAGAUUCAACCUCUUGUCAUUUCAAGAUAUCUAUGAGAAUAGUAUAUCGGAUCAACAUCCUAUACUAUCAGACCAAACUGCAAAAAAAACAUACAAGUAUCCUGAUUGGAUACAACAACGUAUCUAUGCAGAGAGCAGAGCUGAUAAAAGUGGUGUUACAACUGCUUUGGUCAUAGACACAUUUAAGGUCUGUCUACGAGAUACCAUCGAUCGAAAGACUGUUUAUCCACCAAGAGGAGAACAAAGUAGAUCUUGGCUCUAUCGCACUACUGCCUCGUCUCCAAUCACUUUUGGUUCGUUCGGACAAAGUUCGUCUUGGUCCUAUCCAACACUCAAGUCUCUUAUAUUAGACCUCACUACACUCUACUCACUCGCCGACUUGGGUCUCACCAUCCUCGUAUCAUUGACAGAGUUGACCUUUGAAUGGGUAGGAGGUUUUUUGAAGAAUGUUGGACCUGGUCUACUGCCAAACAGUCUGACAUUUCUAUCUAUUAGAGUGAUGGGGAUACCUCCAAGAGAUACAUUCCUCUCAUUGACGUCGUUGGUGACCCUCGAGAUCUUCAUUCAAAAGAGACCAAUUGACCAAGAGACCGAACAACCAUUCAUCGACCUCGAGAGUCUAUCCAACCUCAAGACACUCACAUUUAAUGAUAACUAUGAACCAACAAAGAACACCAACUAUAGUAUCGAGAUUAGUGUCCCUCUUUCACUCACGGUUCUUACCCUCUGGUCGGAAUCGGCACAAAUCCCAUCGCGUUGUACCAUGCCACUGUUGGAGAAACUGUAUGCGACACAAAGAUCAUUGGUUGAUGGAAAAGUCUGUCUAUUGCCAUGUAAUACACCAUCGAUAAAGAAACUCUAUCUAAACGAUUGCAAAGAAAUCUUUCCGGCCAAUAUCACCAUCAUCCCAUCAACUGUCGAAAAGAUUACAAUCUGUAAAUCCACAAAAGAAUCUAUACUUACUCAAGUUGUAUUCCCACCAUCACUCACCCAUUUAUCCAUCGUGGGUAGCUAUGAACCUGUUCAACUACCAGACUCACUGGUCAAAUUAAAACAGCUCCUCAAGACCCCAAUAGUAUCGACAUUUGAAAAAACUAGCUUCGGUAAUGAAUUGGAAAACUUCAAAUUUAGAACUCCCAUCCUCCCAUCCACCUCAUCUUGA